AUGCUUAAAUUCAAGGAGUUUGAGAAUGCCGAUGGGGAGGAGUACCAGGUGGACCUGUCCACCCUGGCGUCCCCUGCAUCCCAGAGCGGACCUGAUGUCUACAUCCUACCCCUCACGGAGGUGUCCCUCCCCCUGGCCAAACAACCAGGACGAUCAGUCCAACUCCUGAAAUCCACAGAAGUCGGCCGCCAGAGUCUUCUGUACCUGAAAGAGAUCGGCGAUGGCUGGUUCGGAAAGGUUCUCCUGGGGGAGGUGAAUGCGGGCCUCAGCUCCACCCAGGUGGUGGUUAAGGAGCUCAAGGCCAGUGCCAGCGUUCAGGACCAGAUGCACUUCCUGGAGGAGUCCCAGCCAUACCGUGCCCUCCAACACCCAGCGCUCCUACAUUGCCUGGCGCAGUGCACUGAGGUGACCCCCUACCUGCUGAUCAUGGAAUUCUGCCCUCUGGGAGAUGUGAAAGGGUACCUGCGGAGCUGUCGGGCUUCAGACACAAUGACCCCUGAACCCCUGAUCCUGCAGAGGAUGGCCUGUGAGAUCGCCUCAGGACUCCUGCACCUGCACAAACACAACUUCAUACACAGUGACCUGGCCCUGAGAAACUGCCUGCUGACCGCUGACGUCACAGUGAAGAUCGGAGACUACGGCCUGUCACACAACAAGUACAAAGAGGACUACUUUGAGACAUCAGACCAGAUGUACGUGCCCCUGCGUUGGAUCGCUCCAGAACUCAUAGAUGAAGUCCAUGGCAACCUUCUGGUGGUAGACCAGAGCAAACAGAGCAACGUCUGGUCUCUGGGAGUGACUAUCUGGGAGUUAUUUGAGUUGGGGAACCAGCCGUACAGACAGUACUCAGACAGACAGGUGUUAACCUACGCCGUGAGGGAACAGCAGCUCAGACUGCCCAAGCCCCUGCUCAAAAUACCCUUGGCAGAGCGCUGGUAUGAGGUGAUGCAGUUCUGCUGGCUCCAACCAGACCAGAGGCCCAAUACAGAGGAGGUCCACCUGUUACUCAGCUACCUGUGUGCCAAGGGGGCCAGCGAGGCCGAGGAGGACUUUGAGAGACGCUGGAACUCCCUGCGUCCCAACCCCAACGCCGGCCAACGAAGCAGCAGCCUUCAUCACGGGGCCGGAACCCUGGCCACUGACCUCUCCUCCUCCUUUCCUCUGUUGGAGCAGUUCUCUGGAUGUGACGGUUACCACAGCGAAUCAGGAGAUGAUAUACUGACCGUGACAGAGACCAGCCACGGUCUGAACUUCCAGUACAAGUGGGAGCAGACCCAGGCGGGGAUCGGGGCGGAGCAGCCUUACCACCACGCUGCCUCAUCCUCCAGCGGUACCCUGGGGGUCGUCAACCACCACUGUCAGGACCUAUACUACCCAGGUGGAAUGGUGGGGGGCAGUGGUGGGGUGGAGAUGGAGGGUCUCACUCUGGGAGUGUCCCCUUCCUACUAUGAGCACAAGACGCUGCAUGUUUCUGGGGUCGGGGUCGGGGUGGUGCCGGUGCUCAGAGCCCGUAGUCCUUCAGUGAGCUCUGAGUACUACAUCCGCAUGGAGGAGCCUGGCGUGGACUACACCAUGUACUCCUACAGCCCAGACCACCAGGGCAGCCACGGGAGCUUCCUGACCGGCAGUGGCAGUGCAGACUCAGGGGAGUGUAUGAUGGGGAUGGGUCCCCCCCAGGCCCACUCCAAGCCUGUAGACUCCUACUGGUCAGCAGACGUCUGUAAAGAUGGGGGUGUUGGAGCGAAUAACUCGGACAUCUCCCUGACAAUGGAGCCCCAUGUCUCUGACUCCAGCCCCAUGAGACCAUGGGAGGCUGGUCACUAUGUCUCCUACAAGGACCAGGACGGGGGGUACUACUACGAACACUCACCUCCCAUGGGCAUAGGCCACCACAUGGGUCUGGGGAUGGACCAGCAUUACCUGAUGGGGCGGGAACACUCUCCCCCCAAGCCCCAUCUGGAGAGCUGGGGGUCCCGUAGCCUGCGUCAGGCCCUGGGAGAACUGGACAACCCUCUGGGGAUAUCUCCCUCCAUCAGCACCCAUCUCCAGGAUGGCGGUCCUCCUUUUGGGGUAGGCGACCCCUACUUGGAGACAACCCAGGGCCCAGGCUCCGUCAUUGGUGGGAGUAGCGUCACUGGCGGCUACUAUGACAUGAUGGGUUCUCUGAGGAAAACCACGCCGACCAUGCCAGACCACGCCCACUCAGUCAGCAUCACUAUGGCGUCAGAAGAGGCCCUCUUCAUCUGUCACCGGGACAAUGACUCAGAUGAAGAAGAGGAUAUAUUCUCAGAGAGGCUGAGGAGCAGCAGUAGUAACCUCUCCAACCCCUCCGCUAACAACAACAGUCUAGGCCUGGGUCUAAGCCUUGGCCGUAGUGGACAGGCUGGCUGUAGACAACUACAGGAUCUCUAUGAAGACUUCCACUACACUAUGCCCACUACCGACAUAGAGGACUCGUGGCCUGAAGAGCACUGCCUGACCUUCCACUCUUCUGUCUCUGCUGCAGUUAAACCCAUAGACUACCUGGAGGCUACAGCGCCUUCGGCUAAUGAUAGUGGCUGUUUAGUCCUGGGGAACCAUCAUGCCCUGGUCACUUCAGGGGACGCCUGUAAUGCCUACAUCUAUUUGUGCCACGAGGGGGAAGGGGAGAGGAACGUAGAACCGCCACCCAUCGAGUGCUGCCACUCUCAUUUCGUCGACCCCCUCACAGGCUUAGUGGUGCGGAACUACACCCGGGACGACUACGGCGAUAAGAUUGUAGAGAUACCCAACAACGAGGAAGAGAGUGUGAAUCUGUCGCCAGCACCGGGAGGUCCUAAACCAAUUCUAACGCACAACACUAAGACCAGCACAACCCCUCUAAACCACUCUGAGCAACAUGUUGACAUCACUAUGGACGAUACCCUUUCAAUAGACCAUAAGGAAGAGCUUAGUACGGAAAACAAAGGGGUUCUCACAGACCCUAAACCAGAGGGUGUGACUCUGACUAAGAUUCUGACCCUCUCCUCAGUGAAUGUUCCUGACCUAGUCCCCAUGGUCGAGCAAGAGUCAGAGCUGAGCCAUACGUUAGACAGCUGCUUAGACAGAGACCACUGCUCCAGCAUUAGUCUAGUGGACAUCUCCGACUGCUGCACCGACGACGAUGAAGAUGAUGACAUCACCGACUCGACCUCAGAGAUCUUCGCCGACGAGACAUCGGUUGGGGACCCUAACGCUUCCCCUCCCCUGGCCUGUCCCCUCAAGUCCCUGCAGAAGCAGGUGGGAACCCCCAAUUCCAUGGCCUCCAUGGACCUGAUGCCUUCAGCAGUCGGCUCCACCUGCGAAGCUUUCAGCCCCUCUUCCAGUUCCUCCCACCCAUCUAGCUCCUCCCCCAAGGCAAUGGACAGUGGGUACGACACAGAGAACAAUGAGAGCCCAGAGUUCGUCCCCAAGGAGCCUCACAAUGAGCCUCGGGGCCCAGAGACAUUCACCCAGCCACUGGGGGAGUCUGUCCUGGACACAAGCCUGGAUGAGGAGGGGGAGGAGGGGGGGGAGGAGGCCGAAGUGGCCCCACUGGAUGAUGAGGAUGAACCGACCCUGGAUGAAGAUGUGCCUCUAGCAGCCUCACAGACCACAGACAAAGAGAAGGGUCUGACCCCACUCAGUGAGAAGAACCCUUACAGGGACUCUGCCUACUUUUCUGACAAUGAGAACGAACGUCUUUAUAGGGAUGAGGGGGGUGACAAAGUAGGGGGUGAUGAAAGUGGAGGAGUGGAGGAGGGAGAAGUGGAAGAGAGGCUGACAGAGAAGAGGGAACUCAGCCCUCUUCAGAUAGAGGAGGAAGAAGAGGAGGAAGUGGAGACCUCAGCUCUUCUUCUGGAGGAGAGUGAAGACCCAGAGAUGGAAGCAUGCCUGACAGAAGAGUGCACCCAGGAUGAAGGGCUAGAGCUGGGGCUAGAGCUAGAGCUGGCCUCCAUUCUCUCUGGAGAAGUAGAGGCAGGAUCGGAAGGAUGGCCUGCCCAGGAGAAACCCUCUUCUCUGGGAGACUGGGCUGCAGAGGUGGUGGGGGCUAUGGAGGAAGCCCUGGGUGAACUCCAGAGGAGCAGCAGUUCUGAAACCAACUCUGGUACCAAGGAGAAGGAGGAAGAGGAUGAAGGAGAGCAAAGGGACAUGGAGGACUCAUCUGAAGCCUUAGAAACAGUAGACGUCCUAGAAGAAGCAUUUACCAAAAUGCCAGAGACCCACGAGAAGAACGAUAAUGAUGAAGAGAACAGUCCUCCCGCACGGCGUCGGCGCUUCUCCUUCUCUCCUCCCCCUCCCUCCACCCCUCCUCUCUCCUCUCCUCUCCCUCCUCUCCCCCCGAUGACUCCCCCUCUGGGCUGGGAGUUGCCCAUGGAUGGGGUGGAGGCGGACGAGGAGGACGUAGAUGGUGACUCCGAUGACAGUGAGUCAGAAGAGGAGCUGAGCAGUUACAGUGUUCAGGAGGAGCAGAGUGGAGGGGAGGAGAGCGGGGAGGAGAACCAUGCUGUACCCAUUGUGUUGAGCGACUGUAGCGAUGCUCAUAACCUACGUAGUCUACUGAAGAUGCCCACCCCGCUCACCACCGAGUUGCUCGCUGAUGACCUGGUGGAACGCAGGAAGAAAGUGGUGUCCUUUUUUGAUGACGUCACCAUUUACCUGUUUGACCAGCAGAGUCCCACUAAAGAGCUGGCUGAGCAUGGGUUCUCUCCAGGGGCUGAGACCAGCGGACAGGGUUCACUGGUCAAACAACCAACCUCUGAUGACUCCUCAGAUGGAAAUAUCUCAGAAGAGAGUGCAGGGUAUGAGUGGGAGGAUGACUUCCCCCUUUUGCCCAUUCCAACUUCCUCAUCCAAGAUGGCUCCCUCCUCCUCAGGCUCAUCCCCCUCCGUACCCAGCCUGCCCUUCACCUCUAAGGCCCCGGAGCUCAAACCAGCAGUGCGGUACUCCCGCUUCACAGUCUCCCCAAGCCACGUGUCUCGCUUCUCAAUCACACACGUCUCUGACUCUGAUGUGGACUCUGGUCCAGGGAGCAGUGAGGAUGGAGACAGAGUAUUAUAGAACCACAGCCACCCAGAAACUACAGGAACUGCACCAUCUAAACAUGUCUGAGCCUCUAAACACGAUUUUUGUUUAGUGCUUUUUUUGGACAUCAUCUUUCUGAAAAGACAGUGCCUGAUUGUUUAUGAACCCGUUUUGAACGGAGUCUGUAUAACGGAUGUGAAAACAGAGAAUCAACACCGAUGAGAAUAUAUAAAAUACUAAAUGAUGAUAAUAUACACAUACACAGAAGAAUAUCUGUUUUCAAAAUAACUUGAAUGAUGGUAAAGACAUAUGUUGCAUUCAAUGUAUUUUUGGGAACAAAGAGAGAAACUAAAGAACAAACGUGUUGCUCGUUUGCCACCAUAGACACUCAUUAUCCGCAUGUUAUGGAGAACCACACAACAUUACCGCUUGUUACGUGGAAGACAGACAAUCAUUUUAUUGAUCAACUGUUUAACAUAGAUAUCAAAACAGAAGACACAAUUUACAGAACACCCCUCUCAGAGACGGAGGGAGUGAAAAGCAAUUAAGGAAAGGACACAAUGAAGGGUUUUUUUUCCAUCAAAUGGAUCAGUGUUUGAAAGUGACUGUACCAAGAACAUAUCUUUGAGACAUGAGUUAACACGUCUUCAUAAAAUAUCACAAAUAAUGAUUGAAGGAGAAUUUUGUAAUUCUAGUGUUUUCUCAGAGGAGACGGACCACCACUGUAUAUGGGCCUUAUGAUUUCCACCAAUACGGGUGGCAGAGUCACUAUUCCCCUCCAUCUGUCAGUAUGGGUCACUGUUCCCCUCCAUCUGUCAGUAUGGGUCACUGUUCCCCUCCAUCUGUCAGUAUGGGUCACUGUUCCCCUCCAUCUGUCAGUAUGGGUCACUG